AUGGUUACCGCGGAAGCGUCUUUGGGCCAUGACAUGGCACACGUCGAGGCCGUCCACCAGGUACUCGUACUCAGUCGACUAGCCAGCCUCCAGCGGAAGCAUGACUGGGGGCGGGAGGCGAGAGGCGGGCGCAGCCUGCCCCGGCAUCGAAGAAUUCCGUACGAAGAUGUAAGCCAAAGCGGAGAGUGCUGUCAGGGAUCAGCUGCGGCCAGACGCUGA